UAAUGAUCUAAGAUUAGUACAUGAGAGAACAUGUCUUUUGUCUCCUACACCUCCUUUAGUAUCAUCAUUAUCAUCAAUAACCCUAUUUUUAUACCAUUUCACAGCGAAGACAAGCAGAGAUUUUGAUAUAAAGAAGGGGAGACACCUCAGACAAGAGGAUAUCAGAGAAGAAGAUGUAUCAAGAUCAACAACACCCCGUUGGUGCUCCUCCUCCUCAAGGGUAUCCUCCAAAGGAAGGAUAUCCACCACCGGGAUAUCCUCCGGCAGGUUAUCCUCCACCACCUCAGGGAUACGGUCAGGCAUAUCCAGCACAAGGGUAUCCUCCGCCGCAAUAUCCUCAAGGUCCUCCGCCGCAGUAUCCUUAUCAGGGUCCUCCACCACCCCAAUAUGGUCAGGCUCCACAAAAGAAGAAGAAAGACUCGGGAUUUGUCGAAGGAUGUUUGGCUAUGCUCUGCUGUUGCUUUCUGUUGGAAGCUUGUUUCUGAUUGAAGAUUGAGAUGAUAUUCACCCGUUGACCGUCUACAGGAUGCCAUCGUAUUAUAUGAAACAAGAACUAUAAUUGUUAGGUGUUCAAAAGCAAAAAGAAAUGAAUUAUAGUUGUUUAAAAAAGACGUGUUUGAUCAAACAUUUAGACAUCUUCUCGUAUGUGUGUGUGUAUGUGCGUUCGCGUUUUGUGUUUGUUCAUGUUCUUUAUUUUCAUUUAUUUCUGGCUUUGAAUUGGAAUUUUCCUGAAGUU